AUGAGUACAACGUCAUCAACAAUAACCAGUUCAAGUUCAUCAACAUCAACAUCAAUAACUACAACAUCAUCCGCAUCAAAAAGUACCACGUCAUCAACAUCAACGAGUACUACUACAUCGACAAGCAAGAAAUGGUCAUUAUUUAUUGUAGCGACAACCACUAUCCGAACAUUAUGGAAAAUUAUAUGUGGUAAUCAAACAUUUAUGUCUUCGUCCGAUUUCAUCGCUAAAUGGUCAUUUGAAAAUACUUUUCUUGAUAAGACGAACAAUUUCAACGCAACACCAAUAAAUAGCCCGUCCUUUGUUAACUCUGGUUAUGUAAACAAAGCUCUCUCAUUGAGUUCAAUAUCCAAUCAAUAUGUGACUACUUCAUAUAUUCCUUUGGUAAAUGUUAGUUUUACAAUCGAAGCUUGGCUUUAUCCAACUGGAUUUCCAAACACAAUGGAUCAUAGUAUUCUUGGUCUAUGUACACAUCCUGGAAGUAAUCAAUGUCUUCAUUUAACUAUUCGAAAAGUUGGUUCAUUGUACAAGCUUUAUAUGGCUUUUUUCGGUGACAGUUGCCUUGGCAAUGGUUCUGUCACCGCCAACAAAUGGACUCAUGUUGCAUUUGUCUUUGAUCAAACUACACUUAUUCAGUCACUCUAUCUCAAUGGUGUACUCGACAAUGCAUGCAUCGCGACAGCACCUCUCAAGAGUAGUAUAGGCAAUGUUACAAUCGGUAGUAUUCCUGGUAUUGUCUCAGCUUACGGCAACAACUCAUUUCAGGGUUAUAUUGAUGAAUUAACUAUUGCCAAUCAAGCAAAAUCAUCGUGCGAAAUACUGGAUGAUGCUUCAUUGGCUGCUUGCUUCAUGUUUGAUAGCGGAUUCGAACUGAUAGAUUCAGGGCCUAAUGACCUUCAGAGUCAAUCUAACGCAUCAUUUGUAUCUUCUGGUCAUUCUCAACAAGCGAUCUCUUUCAAUAGAUCUGUAUCGUCUUAUUCUCAGACGUCGAGUUUCACUGGACUCGGUACUACCAAUAAACCAUUCACAAUUUCUCUUUGGAUUCGCCCUCGAAACUUAACUGGUGUUGUAGUUCAUGUUUCAUCAACAGUAUCAGGUGGUGGUGGCUGGUGCCUGCCAUUCAUAGGUUUUGCUACGAAUGGUUCGCUUGUUGCUCAAAUAUGGAGUGGUAUGGCAAAAUCCGUCUUGGGUCCUCGUCUUGCGAUAGCUUCGAUGUCACACAUUGUUGAAACAUGGAGUUCAACUAACGGAAUUCGACUUUAUAUCAACGGUGUCUUAGUAGGAUCCGAACUUGUAGCAACUUCAACUUAUUCAGCCAGUGGAGUGCAAGUUUAUGUUACAUUAGGUACUAUUCUCAAUGGCGCUGGCUUCUGUGUUGUCGGUCUUUUGGGAUCAACAUUGCCAUUUGAUGGUGAAAUGGAUAAUCUUCGAAUUUAUAGUCGAGAGUUAACCGCCAGCGAAGUGAAUACACUCUACUUGAUGUAA